GCAACAAAAACAACACAAACAAGCACGUGCGUGGAUCGGCCCACUUGCGCGGGGGAAGUGUUUCUACAAAAUUUCCUUAUUUUCCCGUGGCCAGAAACCGUGUUUCUUCUUUUUUCACCAUAAAGUCCCCCCACACACGCCACAAUGAGCGAGCUAGUCGAGUUGCGCCGUGAGCAGGCGAUCCGCGAGUACGAGUGCAUGAAGCACCUGAACCUGUUUACCGACGCAGAGAUCCAAAGCAUCAAAAACAAGCGCCACUAUCACGAUUUCAAGAUCGAGCGGCGCACAAAGCGUUUGUCCGACUUUAUCAACUACAUCGCGUACGAGUGCAACGUGUUUCAUCUGCUGCUGCAGCGCCGCCAAAAGCUACACAUCAGCGCGGAAUGGACCAGCCUGGAGCAGAGCAUCCACCAGCGGGUGCGGGUGCUGUACAAGCGGGCAAUGGCCCGGUUCGCGGCCGAGUAUCGCGUCUGGACCCACUUCCUGCAGUACUGCCAGAUGCGCCGGUUCUUCACCGAAGGGUCGCGCGUGCUCGACCAAAUGCUGGGCUACCACGGCGACAAACCGAAGGCGUGGCUGUGCGCGAUCGAGUGGGAGUACCGGCAGGCAAACAACGCGGCCCGGGCCAAACACUACAUGCUGCGCGGUCUGCAGCGCCAUCCGGAGUGCCGCGAGCUGGCGAUUGGCUUCAUCGGGAUUCAGCUGGAGGAGGGCAAGAAAGUGGUGGAAAAAGCACGCGAAAGCAAGCAAGGACUGGUGGUGAAGGGUAAAGGGAACGAUCCACCGCUGGACGAGCCGCAAGAGCUGGAACUGGAGAAAGCGCUCAAAACGGCGCAGGUGGUGUACAGGAACUUUGAGCAUAAGGAUAUGCGGUUUUACGAACAACUGCUGAAGGAGUUGAAGGAGCACUGCCCGCUGUCGAAUGCGCUGGCAAGACAAGCGGUAGCGGAAAUGCGCGAAACGCUCACGGACCAGGAAGCCAUGUGGCAUCUGCUGGCGAAGCUUGAGCUCGAGGGAGAUGCGUUCGUGAUGAAGGAAGCAGAGCAAACGAAACCGCACGAACGGUUGGCAAGGUGUCUCGCCGUGUAUAAGGAAGCGGUCGAACGGUUGCCGACGAAGAAAAUGCACAGUCUGUGCAUUGAUACGAUGCUUCAGCUGAACUCCUUGGAGGAGUCGGAGCACGAUGAGAAAGCGAAGCGGAAAGCGCUUGCCGGUGCGUUCAAGCGAGCGCUCAUCGAUGAUCUGCUCGACGAGGAUAAGCUGCUGCAGUACUUGAAGCUGCUGCUACACAACAGCAACCCCAACGAGGAGCUGGUCAUGAAGGUGAUCAACAAAGGGCUGGAACAGUAUCCCGCCUCGGUCGACGUUUGGUCGGCUUAUCUGCGCUAUCAAAUCCUGCAGGAAGUGGGCGCAGACGAGCUGGAGCGCACGUUCCGCAAAGCCCUCAACACACUCCCCGAACGUGUCAGUCGGCUGGUGCUGUGGAAGCAAAUGUUUCAAUACUACAGCGAGCGGCCCGCUUUGCAGGGCACACUGGAGCAGCUGUUUCGACGGGCCAUCGACCAGGAGCCGGACAUUUCGAACCACUAUCAGCCACUGUACCUCGACUACCUGAUGGCGUCGGUCGGCGAGAAUCUGGCCAAGGUGCGGAGCGAGUACCAGCGGCUGGUCAGGAACUACACCACCCCGCUCGAGCUGCACACGAAGAUGGCAAGCUUGGAAUCGUCCCAAACGCCGCCCGACGUUAGCGAGUGGCGCAAAUGUUACGAGCACAUGACGCUGUUCUAUGGCAAGCAGGAUGCCACCGUAUGGCUGCAGUACGUGCAGUUCGAGCGGGAUCACGGGCAGCCGAAGCACAUGCAGUCACUGUACGAGCGGGCAAAGGGUGCGCUGGACGAAGAUUCGUUCGCGACCUUCAUGGCGGAGUACGAGCUUAUUCGCAACCCGUACAUCGUUCGUUAUUAAUUCCAAUCCUGCCAAAUCAUCAUCAUCAUCGUCCGGGCUGAGAAAGCUAUCGAAGCAGGCGUUUUCUUUUGUGUUUGUACUGCUUGUUGGCUGUUGCUUCGCCGGGACAGCGGGGCUAGAGCGCUGCACAAACCCAUCUAGUGUGCCUUUUCUCGGUCCACCACCGGGUGAGAGGGAUUUGUUAAGGAAUGGUUCUAUAUUCCCUGCAUUGCAGGGCGCCUGCACGCUGGAUGCGUCGGAGAAAUCCUCAUUGCACAGGCCAACGCGGCUGAGCGUUUCCUGCUUGCGCUGCAACAUCGUCCAGAUGAUGUCGUCGGCCGUUUUCUUCGCGAGAAGGUAGCGCACGGUGACAUUAUCCGCCUGGCCGAUACGGUGGGCGCGGCUUUCGGCCUGUGCUAGGGUCUGGAGGGGGGAGAUUAUGAUAAAGAACGUUUGGAAAUAAAGGGGAAAUGGGUGUCACCUACACUUGGGUUCCAAUCGAGCUCGGCAAACAGCACCAAAUGAGCCGCGGUAAGUGUAAUGCCCGCAUUACACGCUUUCAGUGAGAGGACAGCGGCGCGGCAGGUUGCUUUCGAUUGGAAUCUUUCCACCAAUGCCUGGAGGAGGGUUUGAAA